CGCGCGACGAGAUAUAAGGCAGCCAGGAAACAAUGCGCCUGCAGCUCGCGCUCCCGCGCCGAUCCCGAGAGCGUCCGGGCCACCGUGCGCGAGCGAGGGAGGGGGCGCGCGCGCGGGGGGCGCGCUCGUGAGUGCGGGCCGCGCUCUCGGCGGCGCGCAUGUGCGUGUGUGCGGGCUGCCGGGCUGCCCCGAGCCGGCGGGGAGCCUGUCCGCUCCAGGAGGCGGGCGGCGGGAGCGAGGGAGCGGACAUGGACUACGACUCGUACCAGCACUAUUUCUACGACUAUGACUGCGGGGAGGAUUUCUACCGCUCCACGGCGCCCAGCGAGGACAUCUGGAAGAAAUUCGAGCUGGUGCCAUCGCCCCCCACGUCGCCGCCCUGGGGCUUGGGUCCGGGCGCAGGGGACCCGGCCCCCGGGAUUGGUCCCCCGGAGCCGUGGCCCGGAGGGUGCACCGGGGACGAAGCGGAAUCCCGGGGCCACUCUAAAGGUUGGGGCAGGAACUACGCCUCCAUCAUCCGCCGUGACUGCAUGUGGAGCGGCUUCUCGGCCCGGGAACGGCUGGAGAGAGCUGUGAGCGACCGGCUCGCCGCUGGCGCGCCCCGGGGGAACCCGCCCAAGGCGUCCGCCGCCCCGGACUGCACUCCCAGCCUCGAAGCCGGCAACCCGGCGCCCGCCGCCCCCUGUCCGCUGGGCGAACCCAAGACCCAGGCCUGCUCCGGGUCCGAGAGCCCAAGCGACUCGGAGAAUGAAGAAAUCGAUGUUGUGACAGUAGAGAAGAGGCAGUCUCUGGGUAUUCGGAAGCCAGUCACCAUCACGGUGCGAGCAGACCCCCUGGAUCCCUGCAUGAAGCAUUUCCACAUCUCCAUCCAUCAGCAACAGCACAACUAUGCUGCCCGUUUUCCUCCAGAAAGCUGCUCCCAAGAAGAGGCUUCAGAGAGGGGUCCCCAAGAAGAGGCUCUGGAGAGAGAUGCUGCAGGGGAAAAGGAAGAGGAGGAGGAUGAAGAGAUUGUGAGCCCCCCACCUGUAGAAAGUGAGGCUGCCCAGUCCUGCCACCCCAAACCUGUCAGUUCUGAUACUGAGGAUGUGACCAAGAGGAAGAACCACAACUUCCUGGAGCGCAAGAGGCGGAAUGACCUGCGUUCGCGAUUCUUGGCCCUGAGGGACCAGGUGCCCACCCUGGCCAGCUGCUCUAAGGCCCCCAAAGUAGUGAUCCUAAGCAAGGCCUUGGAAUACUUGCAAGCCCUGGUGGGGGCUGAGAAGAGGAUGGCUACAGAGAAAAGGCAGCUCCGAUGCCGGCAGCAGCAAUUGCAGAAAAGAAUUGCAUACCUCAGUGGCUACUAACUGACCAAAAAACCUGACAGUUCUGUCUUACAAAGACACAAGUUUAUUUUUUAACCUCCUUCUCCGCUUUAGUAAUUUGCACAUUUUGGUUAUGGUGGGACAGUCUGGACAAUAGAUCCCAGAAUGCAUUGCAGCCGGUGCACACACAAUAAAGGCUUGCAUUCUUGGAAACCUUGAAACACAGCUCUCCCUCUUCCCUGACUCAUGGGAGUGCUGUAUGUUCUCUGGCGCCUUUGGCUUCCCAGCAGGCAGCUGACUGAGGAGCCUUGGGGUCUGCCUAGCUCGCUAGCUCCGAAGAAAAGGCUGACAGAUGCUAUGCAACAGGUGGUGGAUGUUGUCAGGGGCUCCAGCCUGCAUGAAAUCUCACACUCUGCAUGAGCUUUAGGCUAGGAAAGGAUGCUCCCAACUGGUGUCUCUGGGGUGACGCAAGGACAGCUGGGCCUGGAUGCUCUCCCUGAGGCUCCUUUUUCCCGAAGACACACGAGCUGUCUUGGGUGAAGACAAGCUCGCAGACUUGAUCAACAUGGACCAUUACCUCACUGUCAGACACUUUACAGUAGCCGAGGAGUUGGAAACCUUUAAUAUAUAUAUUAUGAUGUUAGCUGACCCCCUUCCUCCCACUCUCAAUGCUGCAACCCUGGGAACAUUUAAAAAGCUUGGCCUCUAGAUUCUUUGUCUCAGAGCCCUCUGAGCUCUCUCUUCUGAGGGAGGGACCUUUCUUUCCUUACAAGGGACUUUUUUGUUCCAUUAUGCCUUUGUUAUGCAAUGGGCUCUACAGCACCCUUUCCCACAGGUCAGAAAUAUUUCCCCAAGACACAGGGAAAUGGGUCCUAGCCUGGGGCCUGGGGAUAGCUUGGAGGCCUGGCUCAUGAACUUGAUCCCUGCCCAGGUAUUUUCCGAGGGGCACUUGAGGUCCAAUCUUUUCUCAAGGCAGGUGUAAGACACCUCAGAGGGAGAAUGGCACUGCUGCCUCUCUCCCACCUGCCUCUCAUCUCAAUCCUUGACUGGCGAGUUUGAAGUUCUGGAACCAUGCAAAUCUAUCCUUCUCAUGCAACUCCAAGGAGCUUGCUGGCUCUGCAGCCACCCUUGGGCCCCCGCCAGUCUGCCAUGAAUCAGAUCUCUUUUCCAGAAUCUGGGACUUUCUGAAGUUUUGGGGGGAGCUGUUGGGACUCAUCCAGUGCUCCAGAAGGUGGACUUGCUUCUGGUGGGUUUUAAAGGAGCCUCCAGGAGAUAUGCUUAGCCAACCAUGAUGGAUUUUACCCCAGCUGGACUCGGCAGCUCCAGUGGAAUCCACGUCCAGCCUCCGGUCUGGCGAAGUCACCCAACCUAGCAGUUGUCAUGUGGGUAACCUCAGGCAUCUCUAGGCCUGUCCUGGAAGAAGGACCAGCAGCCCUUCCAGAACUCUGCCCAGGACAGCAGGUGCCUGCUGGCUCUGGGUUUGGAAGUUGGGGUGGGUAGGGGGUGGUAAGUACUAUAUGUGGCUCUGGAAAACCAGCUGCUACUUCCAAAUCUAUUGUCCAUAAUGGUUUCUUUCUGAGGUUGGCCUCAAAGGACCCCAGGGGAUGUUUGGAAAUCGCCUCUCUACCCUUCUGGAGCAUGGUUUACAAAAGCCAGCUGACUUCUGGAACUGUCUAUGGCAGACAGUUUGGAUGUAGGUUACUGAUGUCUCACCUGAAUAGCUUGUGUUUUAUAAGCUGCUGUUGGGUAUUCUGCUGGGGGGAGUCUUUUUUUUUUAUAUUGUAUUUUUGUAUGCCUUUUGCAAAGUGGUGUUAACUGUUUUUGUACAAGAAAAAAAACUCUUGGGCAAUUUUCCCGUUGCAAGGGUCUGAUUUAUUUUGAAAGGCAAGUUCACCUGAAAUUUUGUAUUUAGUUGUGAUUAUUGAUUGCCUGAUUUUCAAAUGUUGCCUUCUGGGACAUCUUCUAAUAAAAGAUUUCUCAAACAUGUCAGAGUGGGGGCAGCUUAUGCCACCUGAGUCCUCCUCAACCACGGAAAACUAUUUCAGGGUAGCCACAAGUGAUCCAGAGGGCUGCAUUUCUCUAACCAUGUUGCUAACCUGGUCAUUCCACUCUGGGUUCCUGAAAUGCCAUUUCAGACAUGUUGAAACAAUGUAGGCUCAGUACUCAGUGAACACGGAAUUCUCUUGUGAAUUGCAAAGAGUGCUGAAUUUGUACUUUAGAAGGCUUGAAAUCCUGGCUCCACUACUUCUGUGGCCUUUAGCUUUAUCUUUCUGAGUCCUAGUUUCCUUAUCAGUAAAAUGGGGAUAAAUGCUACUUCACUGGGUUUUUGCAGGUAUUGAAUAAAGUGGUAGACUUUAAACUGCUUUCUAAACUAUAAAGCCUUAUACUCUUUAGGGUGGUGUUAUUCUUAUCUUAGUGGUAUUAUGACCUUCUGCAAGACGUGUUUUAAACAUUUUUCUG